CCCUCCCCCGCCCCGCCUGAGCUCGGCCCGCCUCCGCACGCAUUCUUUUGGCGCCCGGCGCGCUCCGUAGCUGCGCUCGAGUUCGGAGGUCGCGGGGCGGGUCUGCGUCGGCUGCCGCUGCCGCUACCGCUACCUCAGCCGCGGUCCGCGUCCUGCAUCCCGGUGUUCGGCGAGGCGCGGUCGGAGCGCAGAGCAUGGCCGUGGGCGAGGAGCUCGCGGCGGACGCGCCGGAGGACGGGCCGGAGGACGGAGCGCUGGCUUGCGGCGGCGCCCUCGAGUCGUUCGGCGACAGCGCGGAGACGCGGGCGCUGCUCGGCCGCCUGCGGGCGCUGCUUGGGGACCGCGCGGCCCGGGAGGGCGCCCUGGAGCGGUUCCGAGUAAUAAUGGACAAAUACCAGGAGCAGCCUCACCUGUUGGACCCCCACCUUGAAUGGAUGAUGAACUUGUUGUUGGGCAUAGUGCAAGACCAGACCUCUCCAGCUGAGCUCGUGCAUCUGGCUUUUAAGUUUCUUUACAUCAUCACCAAGGUUCGAGGAUAUAAAACAUUUCUUCGUUUGUUUCCUCAUGAAGUCGCCGAUGUUCAGCCUGUCUUAGACAUGUUCGCACAUCAGAACCCGAGAGACCACGAGACCUGGGAGACCCGCUACAUGCUUCUCCUCUGGCUCUCCGUGGCCUGCCUGAUCCCUUUUGAUUUUUCACGCCUUGAUGGGAACCUGGGAACUCAGCCUGGGCAGACGCGAGUGUCCAUAAUGGACCGUAUUCUCCAGAUAGCAGAGUCCUACUUGGUUGUCAGUGACAAGGCCCGGGAUGCAGCUGCUGUCCUCGUAUCCAAGUUUGUCACGCGGCCCGAUGUCAAAGAGAAGAAGAUGGCGGGUUUCCUGGACUGGAGCCUGUGCACGUUGGCCCGGUCCUCCUUCCAGACCAUCGAGGGGGUCAUCACCAUGGACGGGAUGCUGCAGGCCCUGGCACAAAUAUUUAAGCAUGGAAAGCGUGAAGACUGUUUACCAUAUGCUGCCACCGUCCUGCAGAGCCUGGAUGCCUGCAGGCUCCCUGACAGCAGCCAGACCCUGCUCCGGAAACUCGGGGUGAAGCUCGUGCAGCGGCUGGGCCUGACUUUCCUGAAACCCAGAGUGGCGACAUGGAGGUACCAGCGUGGCUGCCGUUCCUUGGCUGCUAACCUGCAGCUCUGCGCCCAGAGUCUGAGAGAGCCCAGGACGCAUGCUGAGACCCCCGACAGUGAGGAGGGCUACGACGUUCCCGAGGAGGUGGAGAGCGUGAUAGAGCAGCUGCUGGUCGGGCUGAAGGACAAGGAUACGAUCGUGCGCUGGUCUGCGGCCAAAGGAAUUGGCCGGGUGGCUGGAAGGCUCCCCCGCGAGCUGGCGGAUGACGUGCUCGGGUCGGUGCUGGACUGUUUCAGUUUUCAGGAGACGGACAACGCCUGGCACGGGGGGUGUCUGGCACUGGCGGAACUGGGCAGGAGAGGCCUGCUGCUCCCUUCUCGGCUCGCGGAUGUUGUGGCCGUGAUCCUGAAGGCACUGACCUAUGAGGAGAAACGGGGCGCCUGCAGCGUGGGCGCCAACGUCAGAGACGCCGCCUGCUAUGUGUGCUGGGCCUUCGCACGCGCCUACGAGCCGCAGGAGCUGCAGCCCUUUGUGUCCGAGAUUUCCAGUGCGCUGCUCAUCGCCACCGUGUUUGACCGGAAUGUGAAUUGCAGGAAAGCGGCCUCCGCUGCCUUCCAGGAGAAUGUGGGAAGACAGGGUACUUUCCCGCACGGAAUUGACAUUUUGACCAUGGCUGACUAUUUUGCUGUCGGUAACAGAUCUAACUGUUUCCUGGUUAUAAGCAAGUUCAUUGCUGGCUUUCCCGAGUACACACAGCCGAUGAUACACCACCUGGUCACCAUGAAGGUCAACCACUGGGAUGGGGUCAUCAGAGAGCUGUCAGCGAAGGCGUUGCAUAACCUGGUCCAGCUGGCGCCCGCGUACAGCGCCACUCACGUUUUCCCACAGCUGCUGGCGAUGACGCGGAGCCCGGACCUGCACACACGGCACGGGGCCGUGCUGGCCUGUGCAGAGGUCGCCCACAGCCUGCGAGGCCUGGCGGUGCGGGAAUGCAGUGCAGAGGACAGAUCCACUCACCGUCCUGCAGGCCGCUGCGCGUGCAGUAGCGUGUGUCUGAAGGAACAGCCCGUCGCAGACUUCCUGGACGAGACGGCCAUGCAGGGGCUGAAGCAGAUCCAUCAGCAGCUUUACGAUCAUCAUUUGUACAGGGGUCUAGGAGGAGAGCUCAUGAGGCAAGCAGUUUGCGUUUUAAUAGAAAAGUUGUCCGUCUCCAAAAUGCCCUUCAGAGGGGAUGCCGUGCUCGAGGGUUGGCAGUGGCUGAUAAACGACACUCUGAGAAAUCUCCAUCUCAUCUCAAGUCACUCCAGAGAGCAGAUCAAGGACGCGGCCAUCUCAGCCCUGGCCGCCCUCUGCAGCGAGUACUACACGAAGGAGCCCGGGCAGCCAGACCCCGCUGGACAGGAGAGCCUGGUAAAGCAGUACCUCGCCGAGCUUCGGAGCCCAGAGGAGAUGACACGCUGUGGCUUCUCGCUGGCCUUGGGCGCCCUUCCAGGCUUCCUGUUGAAAGGCAAGCUCCGGCAGGUUCUGGCCGGAUUAAGAGCCGUUGCCCACGUCUCCCCCGAGGACGUGAGCUUUGCCGAGUCCAGGCGGGAUGCCCUGAAGGCCAUCGCUAGGGUGUGCCGGACCGUCGGUGUGAGUGCAGAAGGGGCCCCGGAUGAGGUCGUGUGCAGAGAGAACGUUGCCCAGAUUUACUGCACGCUGCUGGAUGGCCUGAGCGACUACACCACCAACAGCCGUGGGGACGUGGGUGCGUGGGUCCGCAAAGCUGCCAUGACCAGUCUGAUGGACCUGACGCUUCUGCUGGGGAGGGACCAGCCUGAGCUGAUCGAGGCCUCCGUCUGUGAGCGGGUCAUGUGCUGCCUGGCCCAGCAGGCCAGUGAGAAGAUCGACCGGUUCCGUGCGCACGCCGCCCACGUGUUCUUGACGCUGCUGCACGCUGCCGGCCCCGCCGGCCCCAUCAUCCCCCACGUGCCCCACCGGGAAGAACUGGAAAAGCUCUUUCCCAGGUCAGACGUGGCGUCCGUGAACUGGAACGCGUCGUCCCAGGCCUUCCCACGCAUCACCCAGCUCUUGGGGCUGCCUGCCUACCGCUACCACGUGCUACUGGGGCUGGCUGUGUCCGUGGGCGGCCUGACAGAGUCCACGGUCCGGCAUUCCACGCAGAGUCUGUUUGCAUACGUGAGCGGCUUGCAGAACGACCGGGGGGCGCUGGAGGACUUCGCCGGGACCCUCCUGCGGGUCUUUGAGGACAAUCUCCUGAAUGACAGGGUGUCCGUGCCGCUGCUGAGAACGCUGGACCAGAUGCUGGCCAAUGGCUGCUUUGACGCCUUCACCACGGAUGCCGACCACCCCUUCUGUGAGAAGCUGCUCGCGCUCUGUAAGGAAGAGAUCAAGAGGUCCAAGGACGUCCAGAAGCUGCGCUCCAGCGUCGCCGUGUUCUGCGGGCUGGUGCAGUUCCCGGGCAGCGUGAGGAAGAAGGUCCUGCUGCAGCUGCUCCUGCUGCUGUGCCACCCGUUCCCUUUGAUCCGCAAAACCACCGCCAGCCAGGUGUAUGAGACGGUGCUCACCUAUAGCGACGUCGUGGGCGCGGACGCACUGGACGAGGUCAUGGCCGUGCUCGGGGGCACUGCCUGGGACGCAGAGCUCCCGCUCAUCAGAGGCCAGCGAAACCGCCUGUGCGACCUCCUCGGAGUGCCCAGACCUCAGCUGGUCCCCAAGGUAACCGCACGCCCCCUCAGGUCCCUCUCUGUGUGAGGCCUCCACAUGUAGCGCCCGCGAGCUCGAGCCCAGGACGUCGUGGGUCCACGCCGCCUGCCCCGUUGGGCCCACACAGCUCUCGGGACCCAUGGGGACACAGCACCACCAGGCUGUCGGGCAGGAGCAGAGCCGAGACUGCGUGCCUGGCCCCAGUCCAGGGGUCCCCAUGCUCGGCCAGCACCCCAGGCAGCUCCUUUUUCUAAAGGGAGCUAACGAGCUGUGCAGGGCAGGCGAGGGGCUGUGUCGGCUGGUGGCCGUGUGGCCUCUCGGGCCCUCGGGAGAGUUGCCCCUGACGCAGCUCUACCUUCUCAGAUGUGGCCUUCCCCCCGUGCUGGAGGCGGCCUCCUCAGGGCCUCUGCGGCUUCUGUUUCCACCACUGUCACCUCCUGGCUACUCAUCCCAGCUGGGGACUGUCACCCUCAGGGUCUCCGGGUCCUGCCAGAGUCGGCCCACGGCCUUGGUGUCUGGUUGUGGCUGCAGUUUUCUGAGGCCACAGGAGCCCAAGCUGUUCUCCCAGGUUCCGUGUGCUCAUGGCAGAAUCAGGACCAACUCACUGUCAGCUUCUGUCUGGGCUGCCGGGACAUCCCCGCUGGGACAGAGCCGUUCUGGCCAGGCUGUGACCCUGGCUCUGGGGAGGAAGGUUGCACAGAAGCCAGUGCCGACAAGCAGGCCCCACGGUGACCGCUGCUCUGGGCAGUGUGCGCGCUUCGUGUCUGCACCUGCGUGUCCCUGGGUGAGGCUGGGCGCCUCUGUGACCUUCCCUGACACGCCUGUCUCCUCUGGGUGGCCUGCCAUUUACACGUCACUCGUAGGGCCUUUGCCCUGGACAUGCAGGCGCCUCGUGCUGUGGGGUGGCCCCCUCAUCCCGAGCCGAUGUCCCCCAACCUGGCACUUCUCCCCUUGUCAUCGUUUGAGGUCCCCUCCCUGCUCCAGGGUCAUGUCUGUCGUCUCUCACAUGUUCUGACAGCUUUGCUGCUGCCCCUUCCACACUGACACUCACAAGCUUGCGUGGCGGGGCCUCGCCUGUGGCCUGAGGGACACGCUUCCACAUGCUCUUGGCCUGGCUCCAUUCUAGCUCCCAGGAGCCGUCACUGCUGUUGUCUGCCAGGGCCCCCUUCCUGUCCUCCGUGGGUCUUCUGUCCGGGAGCUGGCAGCACCGUCUCCAGACCCAGGUGUAGGCGCCGAGCCCUAGAGGAACAGGUGUGGGCUUGUGACAGGUCGUGAUGCUGACGGGUCUGUCCUCUAGUGGUUUCUUCAGCUGUCCUGACUCUUGUCGGCCCUGUGGGUUUCCAGGACGCCCGUACAGUCCACUUGUCAGCUUGCACGACACAGCCGCCAGCAGUCUGGCUGUGGCCGCUUGGAGCCUGUGGAGUGAUGUGUGACAGCUAAGGUGUGUGGUGCCGUCGCCCGGCUGUGAACGUGACACAGUGUCCGGUGACUGGGGGACUCAGUGUCUUACGCUCCCUGGAGGGGGCAGCACACAGCUCUGUGGCCGUGUCCCACGGACCUCUUCUCUUGCUUGGUCAGUUGGGGAGGUCUUCAUGGCCUGUCUGCAGGCUCAUGGCUCUCUCCCUGGCCGUGUCUGCUGGAGCCGUCUUCAUCUCCGUCAGUGAGUUGGGUUUCUAGCACCCCGUCAUUCCUUCUUAGUCACCGUCCCGCAGCCCACACUGUCCGUCUGUCCUCGGCCCACUGGUGUUCUCGGCGUUAUCAGUUGUACAUGUGUGAGGGUUUGUGUCUGUCUGGAAGCUGUAGGUUCCAGAGCUCUGAAUUCCUCCAGCACCCCGUUUGUGUCCCUGACUCGGGGGGGUCCCUGUGUCCUCCUGGGAGUGUCUCACAGCCAGAGCCCUGUGGGGACAUGGCAGGAGGGCGGGGCUUUCUGUGACCCUCUGACCCUUGGUGGGCCUGGGUCUCACCAGUCUCGUCCCAGCUGCAGCGUUUCCAGGCUGCCCCCUGGGGGUCUGGGGGAGGGGGGCUGCAGCUGGUCUUGGCCCUGGAGCCUCUGCUGGAGACGGCCCGGCCGCCGUGACGCACGGUUACUGUGCCGGCCCCGCCAGAGCCUGCAGGGGGCUUCUCGGGGUCUUGACCCGGUGAGCCUGGUGGUUCCCAGAGGAAACCACAGGCCAGUGGGGGCCCCCAGGUCUUCUCGCCCACAGGCUGGUCCAUACACAGCCGGUGGCCUCUGCCCCCGGAGGGUGGUCCUGGCAGGGAGCCUCUGGGUCUGUCCAGUUUCGGGGUCGUGACUCAGGGCCCCAAGGGGGCUGAGGAAAGUGGCCGGUACAGCUUUUCCCCGCCCGGCUCUCCUCUGCCAUCUCCUGUCCUUGGAGCCUCCCACCCUGACACAUCUGGACUCGGCUGUGUUGUGUGCUUGGACGGUCACGUCUGACACCUUGCUGGUGGUGACCAUCUUGGAAGUAUCUUCUUUAGCUCUAAGUGGACUCUGUGCCCUGACGCCUGUCAUGAGCCCCCUGAAGGGAGGAUCUUCCCAGCGUUUCACUUCCAGUCUCUGUUCUCGCAUUUAAGCGGGUCACUGACACACAGCAGGUCCUUAGGUCUGAUUCUGCAGUCCAGUGUGACGACCUUUGUUCACUGGAGCGCUUCUGUCCGCUUUCAUCUCAUGCCGUUACGGAAACCUUCGGGUUCCCACCUGCUGCCGCCGUUUUCUCUUUGGCCACACUGCUUGUCGCUCCUCCGUCUUUGUCUGGAUUGAAGACGCUCCUUGUCAGUUCGCGGCCGUGCUGCUGACCCGUCCCUGAAGUUUUCCUGCCGCUGUGUUGGUGGUCACCCAGGAGGAGACCUCGUCGCAGUCGGAGGGCGGGGUGGGGCUUGGUGUGGGCUCAGGCACCCCUCCUUGCCCCGGGGGCCAUCCUCACACUGACUGCUUGCUGCUGUCAGGUGACCCCAGCCUGUCCUCCCUCAGGCCUUGUCCCACGCCUGCCGGCUGGCCUGUCCCCUUUGCGCCCCUGCGGGUACUUCGGAGGCGAUUCCCGUUUCCACACCUGCCUCCUGGUGCUGAACUGGUGCCGGCCCUUCUCUCAGGGGCCCCUCCACAUGUAGGGACAGGUGCUGAUCUGGUCAGCCCCCAGGUGACACAGAGGGACAGGGUGGCAGGCGGAGCAGAGUGUUGUGACCUUGUGUCAUGGCCCAAGGCAGCAUCAGCUCCCAGCUAAGUGUAUCCACGUUUGUACCAGGAGCUUUUGCACAUGGGUGGGUGAAGUCUGGGAGAACAGCGUAGGAACGGCCCCAAGCGUCUGGGGAGACGGCACCAAACAGCCCACCGAGGGCUGAGGAGAUGGCCCUGACCGCCUGUCCCUGUCCUGUGUCCACAGCCUGCUGCCCGCUGAGGCCGGUCCUGGGCCUUUGUGCCGCCCAGCAGAGAGAAGUCAGCGCAGAAAAGCUGGAUGCAGCUUCGGCCGGUAUGUGACGUGUGCCAAGGGACUUGGAGCUUGUCACUGUCAAGGCAGCUUUUCUCACACGUCCUGCGCUCCAGUGACCUAGCGUGUCGGUGCUACUUCUGUCACUUAACCGCGAGCCCACGUCUUAUAAAGUCUGUGCUGACCAGUG